AGAAGCCACAGGUUUAGGGUUUAGCUGUGAUCCAGGAACAGAAACCGGUCCUGGCUCGUUAGCUGGGUGUGGUCCGGUUCUUAAAACUGGGUCAGGUUUCACAUCGAGUCUUUCUGUGAGGAGUUCUCCACGGAGCAGCAGGCCUCAGAGGAGCAACAUGGAUCUCUCAGACGCUCUUGGUGAUUGGCCCGCUGGUGGUGGCAACAACCCUACCUGGCCAGGUCAACCAGGAACCAACCCCACCUGGCCUGGAGGUCAACCAGGAACCAACCCCACCUGGCCUGGWGGUCAACCAGGAACCAACCCCACCUGGCCUGGAGGUCAACCAGCACCCAAUCCCACCUGGCCUGGUGGGCCUUCUGGAGGUGGGGGCAUGUGGCCUGGAGGAAACCCCAGUCAACCCACUGCACCUGGAGGAUUCGGACCUGGACCAGCCAUGCCAACAGCCCCCCAAAAGAGUCUGGCUGUUCCUUACUACAUGAAGCUACCGCAGGGAGUACACGACAAACUGCUCAUCACCAUCUCUGGGACCAUCAAACCCAACGCUGAAAAGAUCACCUUGGACUUUGCUACAUCCAACAAUGUGGCUUUUCACUUCAACCCUCGAUUCAAUGAAUCUGGAAAGAAGGUGAUUGUCAGGAACAGCUGCAUCAACGGCCAGUGGGGGAAAGAGGAGAGAGAGCUGAAGAACUUCCCCUUUGUCCCGGGCCAGCCUUUUGAGAUAAAGAUCCUGUGCACCAACAAAGAGUUUAAGGUGGCUGUCAACAAUAACCACCUGCUUGAAUUUCCAUACCGGGUCACCAACCUGAGAUCAAUCGAGAACCUCAACAUCUACUACGACCUGAACCUGUCUGAUGUACGCACAGAGACCCUUCCUUAAAUAAACCUUAUUGGUCAACCACAAAUUUGUUGGUAAAAUCAUCUGAAUGUUUGUUAAUAUGGAAUAAAUCUAUUCUAGUUAAUCUUAAAAAUACACUUUAGAUCCACCACAGACCAAAGGUGGAAUCAACAGAAGCCUAUAGAGAUAUACAGUAUAAAUAUCUACUGGAGUUUCUUUUAUAAUCUUUUUGGUGUUUACCAUUAAUCUAAUGAAAACUCUCAUAUAAACUAGAAUUACUUUAAAGAACAACUUGAGACACAUCAUGGAUCUACUACAACAGUGGAUCUUAAGUAGACACAUGAAGGAUCCCAUACAGAUCUCUUAAAGUUCUGUUACACAUCUACCAGAGACCUUUAGGUUCUAUCAAAAAAAUCUGUAAGGGAUCAAUAAGAAGUCUUCUAGAGAUCCACCACAGUUUUACUGACAGUACAAUCAAUACUCCACAUCAAGUCCAGUGUAGAUCUAGAGAGCAGCUACAGAUGUACUGGAUGUCAUCCAUAGAUUCACCAGAGAUCCAUUGAAGAUCAACCAAAUAUCUACAGGAGAUCUGUUAUAUAUCUACUAGAGAUCAACCAAAGACCCACUGGAGAUCUCUGUCAUAGAUAUACUAGAGAUUUGUCAUAGAUCUACUAGAGAUCAACAACACAUCUACUGGAGAUCUGUCAUAAGUAUACUAGAGAUCAACCAAAGAUCUACUGGAGAUCUGUCAUAGAUCUACUAGAGACCUGUCAUGGAUCUACUAGAGAUCAGCCAAAGACCUACUGGAGAUCUGUCAUAGAUCUACUGGAGAUCAACCAAAGAUCUACAGGAGGUCAUUUGUUGAUAUAUUAGAGAUCUGUUGGAGAACAUUCACAGAUCUACUGGAUGUCAUCCAUAGAUUCACCAGAGAUCCAUUGGGGAUCAAUCAAAAAUCUUCUUAAGACAUGUCAUUGAUCUACCAGGAAUCAUCCAAAGUUCUACUGGAGGUCUAUUGUAGAUCUACCAGAGAUCUGUUGUGGAACAACUAUGAUCUACUGGAGACYCAGGACUGUUGUGGAGGUCUGUCACAAAUCUGGGAAGGGGUGGAGGUUUCCAUUAAUGUGUUCUCAGUUGAUCAAUAAGAAACCUUCCAUUUCUCUAUGUGUUUUCUGAUUAUUUCUCUUAAUAAAACAAAACUGUCAAAUUUC